AUGUGGUUGACUCCAUUGGUGUGGUUGCUGUUGAGCGAUACCUCUGGUGUUCUUGGUGACUUUACUGCUAGCGAGCCAAGUAACGACAACGUCACCUUCCAUUAUCCAGCGCCACAGAAUUGGACGCUUCUUCCUGGGGAGAAUCUAACCUCAACUUUCACGGUAACUGAGUUCCCACCCGACAACUUUGACGUCCAUAUCCAGUUCAGAAGCCGUGGACAAGUCCUCAGCAGAUAUGACGCAUGGCUCGCAAUCCUUGAAUGUCUAGCGGAUGAAGCAGUCAAAGGCUGGAACGACUUUGAAGGAUCACUUAUUUGCUCGGCAAAGAAUGUUGGAAUUAAAUUCGUCCGUAAUCGCAGGCUUGCUGAUCAAUCGCUACCACAAGUGAAGCACGUGAUGUGGUCUCUCCUUAUCGUAGUUACUCAAUUCUGGGAGGCACAAGACCCACCGCAUUACGCGGAGGCAAUCUUUCAGCCCCAGCUCGAUUCUCAAUCGCUAGGCAUUGGACAGGCCCUUGCCAUAUCUAACGACUUGAACACGUCAGCUCCAGAAUCUGACCACAAAGCCUUUGAGGUCAACGCAAAUCCUGCAACCUCUAUCAACGCCACAGACAAGCUCAAAAUCGACUUCAAUCCUGACUUGACCUCCCCCACCAUCUGCUCCCCCAUAGACUUCUACCUCAUCCUGAUGGGAGCGCUAAUACAACUCGGCCCCGUCGACUCAGACGACCAGCUCCCCGGCUUCCGCAUACACGAUGUCGAAAAAGAUGUGACCUUCCAGAUUGGCGUGGAUGAAGGGCGCGACUACCCGUACCAAUGGCUCCUCGUUGCCGCGCUAAAUCUCAUCGGGGAUGUUAUGGCGAGGGAGCCAGUGAAUGAGAGGUUUCGGCCUUUCUAUGGGAAGAUCAGGUGGAAUGGGGUUGUGGUUGCAUUUAUGGAGUUUACGAAGGGGGAACCGCUGUCGCUUUCCGGCCCUUCAGACACUGCCAUGGUAGCUGGAAAUAGUCACUACUCUGCGACUGCAAGUCAAGGAGUAAGUAGCCACGGCAUAUGCGUCGCAUCCAAGGCGGUGGGCCGCUACGCCGGUGUAUACAAGUAUGCUAACCUGGAGAUUGUCAAGACGACACUCUCUUUUAGCGGUAUGUUCGAAUCUUUUUCCAUGAUAUUGGAUGAGGUUGUGGGAUACAGGCUUCAGCACAUUACCGUCAUCUUGCCUAUGUUAAUCGAUGAGCCGUACGAGGAGCCCUUACCGGCUAAUUUACCGCCACCGAGGGAUAGGUUUGCAGAAGUACUGGAAGAACUAACUGAUGCGUCGAAUAAUGCGACUGUGGUGAUCGGGGCCAGGAACAAUAGAAGGGCAGAGAGAAAGGUGAACACAUUUCCGCCGCUGCUAAGCGAGUAUGGGCAAAGAGUGAUUGUUGCCGGAUCGACCAACUGGGGAGGAGAGAGAUCGAAGUUUUCGCAAGCAUUGGACGGGAUGGAGAAAGGUAUGGUCUGA